AUGGGGGCUGUCCUUGCGAUUCCAGCCCUUGUGCUGCCCUCUGCAGCGACACUAUGGUCUGUGGGAGCGUCAUGUUGCGGUGCCGCAUCAUGUUCGAUGCUGUGCGGUCCAUGUGGCGUCUCCAAGUUCAGGUCAUCGAUCGCUACCAGACUGGCCUAUGCCGUUAUACUAUUAGUUAACAGUAUCCUCGCUUGGAUAAUGCUCACUCCUUGGGCUAUACGGAAACUCGAACAUCUUACUCUCGACUAUAUGAACUUCAAAUGCGGCUCUUCAGAAUGUUAUGGCUACUUCGCAGUCCAAAGGAUCAACUUCGCCCUUGCCCUCUUUCACCUCAUCCUCUCGAUCCUUCUCAUCGGCGUCCGAAGCACAAAAGAUACGCGAUCAGGUCUACAAAAUGGCUUUUGGGGUCCGAAGAUACUGACAUGGCUCGCUUUCGUCGUCAUCUCCUUCCUCAUCCCGGAAGGAUUUUUCCUCUUCUGGGGAAACUAUGUUGCCUACAUCGGAGCCAUGCUUUUUGUUCUUCUGGGUCUUGUCUUGCUGGUCGAUCUCGCACAUACCUGGGCCGAACUCUGCCAGGAUAAGAUUGACGAAGGAGAUGGGCCAAAUUACAGGCUAUGGCAAGUCUUGCUUAUGGGGUCAAGCCUGAGCAUGUAUUUGGCCGCCUUUGCUAUGACAAUCGUCAUGUACAUCUUCUUCGCCAGCAGUGGUUGCAGCAUGAACAUCACGGCCAUUACCAUCAACUUGAUCAUGAUUUUUGUCAUCACAAUCCUCAGCGUCCAGCCGACUAUUCAGGAGGCCAAUCCCAAGGCGGGGUUGGCUCAAUCUGCUAUGGUUGCGGCUUAUUGCACAUACCUCACAUUCUCCGCCGUAUGUAUGGAGCCCGACGACAAGCACUGCAAUCCUCUUGUUCGAGCCCGAGGCGCAAGAACGACCACUGUUGUUCUUGGUGCUAUUGUGACGAUGCUCACUAUUGCAUACACAACAACAAGAGCAGCCACGCAGGGAUUCGCUAUGGGCACGAACAGCGCAAAGACGAAAUAUGCUCAGCUCAGCCAGGACGAAUAUGAGCACGGUCUUGUCACGCAACAACCGGCAUCACGUCGUGAGAUCAUGAGGGCGGCAGUCGAAAGCGGAGCACUUCCUGCCUCGGCAUUGGAUGAAGACUCCGACGAAGAGGAUGAGACUUCUUCGAGCUCAAAGGAUGAUGAACGUCAAGGCACGCAAUACAAUUACAGCCUGUUCCACGUCAUCUUCCUCAUGGCGACCUGUUGGGUGGCCACUCUGUUGACCCAGAAAAUGGACCCCGAGAAUUCGAGUGAUUUCACCCCUGUUGGUCGAACAUACUGGGCAAGUUGGAUCAAGAUUAUCAGUGCUUGGGUGUGUUAUGCUAUUUACAGUUGGACUCUUGUUGCGCCGGUUGUGCUUGAGGGUCGGGAGUUCUCAUGA